CGGGGAACGCGCGCUGCGGGGCGGGGUCGCUCCUGGGGGAACCCCCGCGGUGAGAGGGGCCGAGGACCCGGCCGGGGUCCGGUUCAGCCCCGGGCUAAGGUGUCUGUGCCAACUCGCCUGAUCUCACCUGCGGCCCAGGUCCGUCUUCAUGAAUAACUUAAAUGACCCCCCGAAUUGGAACAUCCGACCCAAUUCCAGGGCUGACGGAAAUGAUGGAAGCAGGUGGAAUUAUGCCCUGUUGGUCCCCAUGCUGGGGUUGGCAGCUUUUCGUUGGAUUUGGUCUAGGGAGUCUCAGAAAGAAAUAGAGAAAGAGAGAGAAGCAUACCGCCAGAGAACGGUGGCUUUCCAGCGGGAACUUGAAGCCAAGUACCAUGCUGUGAUCUCGGAAAGUCGGCGGGCUGUGGCUCACUUGUCUUUGGAACUUGAAAAGGAACAGAACAGGACAACUAGUUACCGAGAAGCCCUUAUCUCUCAGGGGCGCAAGCUGGUGGAAGAAAAGAAGCUUCUGGAGCAGGAGCGGGCUCAGGUCAUGCAAGAAAAGAGGCAGGUGCAGCCCUUGAGGAGUGCGUACCUGAGCUGCCUGGAGCAGGAGGAGGACUGGCAGAGGCGGGCCAGGCUCCUGCUGAAGGACAUCGAAGGCGCGCUUUCCGAGAGACAGAGCGUCUACUGCAGCCUGCUUCUGCCUCGCGGCCGGCGACUGCAGAUAGAGAAGAGCCUGCUGGGCCGCGCGUCCACCGACCCGGUUGCUGCUGACCUGGACAUGGCAGCUGGCCUGACCGACAUAUUCAAGCAUGACACCCACUGUGGUGAUGUCUGGAACACCGACAGGCGCCAGAACGGGAGACUCAUGUGGCUGUAUCUCAAAUACUGGGAACUGACUGUCGAACUGAAAAAGUUUGAGAGAGUGGAGAAAGCCAUACUCGAAAAGUAAGACGAGAGUGCGAUAAGCUCCUAAUGACUCGAGGUCAGACGACCCUGUGGCAUUCUGGGUUGUCCGAUGUUUUCUCUUUUCAUUCUUCCAGUGCUGCUCGUGUUGUGGUCAUGUGUGCGUACAGCCAUCUGUCAGCCUGCCACUUCUGAGCAGGACAGCAGGGCUUGGCAGACAGGGCUUCCUCCCCAGCCCUUCUCAGCUGUUAAGGAAGCUGUUUGUCAAGGACUGUUUAAGCAGAGAGUAUAACUUCGUAUCGUAGGUCUGGGAAAAAUUUGUUUUUAAGAAAGUUAAAUACAGCAGUGAUCCUCUCUAUUAGUAAUUUUCUGCGUGGUUUUCUCACUCCCUACAUAACUUCUGUGUUUGCCUCAAUUAUUUUUCUCCUAAAAUUGCAUUUAGAAGUUGUCAGGUAGUGGAUAGAACUGCCUAACAGAUGAUACUAGGAAAGUAGUAAUAUUAUUAAGGUUUUAUAUUGUUUUAAAGAUCUCGCCCACCAGAGGGAAGAACAGGGUUUCUUGUACCCAGUUGACCCUGGUGUGUGUUUCGAACCUGGCUCAUGUCUGUGUUCAAUAAGCAAUAUUGCUUACUAGUGAUGACAUAUAAUAAAGGUUACCUGUAAUUUAAAAGCAACAA